CACAAUACUCAUAAAACCUAGCGUCAAACAGAGUAGUUCCAAUGGGGUUUACACCAUUAAUUGUUCCCAUAGGGAUUUUUUAGAAACACUUAAUAAGGGCUGUGUUUCGGGUAGACUUACCCUGACUUGACGUUUUGAUAACCAUGUAAAUCUCUCUCGGAUAUGGUGACUUUGAUCAAUAUAGUCGGCUGUAUUUACACUCGAUUUCGAAAACGCUAAUUGGCAUCAUGCAAGACUACAAAUCCCUGCAAGCUCCUGCACGUCAUCUCUAGCUGACACCUUUGCUAACAGGUAUUGUGCACAGGAGGUUGGUGGCCGCUUAAUUAAGGAAGAUGGCCUCUCGGUAAUGGCUGGAAUUUUUUUGCGGGUAAAUACAGGCGAAUAUAUUGACAUCCUUGUAUUGUCUCCUUGGCCUAGAGAUUUACACGGUUAUCAACAUGUCACGCCAGGCCGAUUCAAGAAACGAAGUAGCAGAGCGCAUUGGAUACAUCACACGAGUCCAGAGUUUCAGCGCGUGCCAUCGAUUGCACAGCCCGACGUUGAGUGAUGAGGUAAACAAGAGGAUAUUUGGGAAGUGCAACAAUCCCAAUGGCCAUGGACACAACUAUAAAGUAGAGGUGACGGUACGGGGAAAGAUCGAUCGUCACACAGGCAUGGUGAUGAACAUUACAGAUCUGAAGCAACACAUUGAGGAAGUCAUCAUGAUUCCGUUGGACCAUAAAAACCUGGAUAAGGACGUCCCCUACUUUGCUAAUGUUGUCAGCACAACAGAAAACGUGGCUGUAUAUAUCUGGGACAACAUGGUCAAGCAGCUACCAGCCAAUCUUCUCUACGAGGUCAAGAUUCACGAGACUGACAAGAACAUUGUUGUAUAUCGAGGAGAAUAGCCAGCCACCUUCAGUACCUUGUAAUUAGUACGAUCUUUCCUAAUAUAUAUUAUGUAGUAUGCACAUCUCACGUUUGAGUUCAUAGAUGGACUUAUGCGAUGUGUUAUGAUAGUAUUAAAGUGCAGAGUUGAGGUUAUACUAUUGAAUAGUAUUGUGCAUCAUUUGCUGGUGCAAUCCACUCUACAACUUUGUUACAAUAAUAAAUGGAAUAAGCUCAAAUUUAA